GCCGCGCUGUGCCCGGCGCGCGCCAUGCUGCUGUGGCGACGCUUGGCCGCCCUGAGAGGCCAGCGAGCCCCUCGGCGGCUCCGGGCGGGGGGACCAGGACCUGGACUGGGACUGGGAUCGGAAUCGGGACCGGGACCGGGACCGGGACCAGGACCAGAGCGAACCAGCGAUGGCGGCGGUGCUCCUCGGCCGCUUUACAUGGAUGUCCAGGCCACCACCCCGCUGGAUCCCAGAGUGCUGGACAGCAUGCUCCCAUACCUGACGGCCUACUAUGGCAACCCCCACUCCAGGACCCAUGCCUACGGCUGGGAGAGCGAGGCUGCCAUGGAGAAUGCGAGGCGGCAAGUUGCAAACUUAAUAGGAGCUGAUUCACGGGAAAUUAUAUUUACCAGUGGUGCAACAGAAUCUAAUAAUAUGGCAAUUAAGGGUGUUGCAAGGUUCUAUAAGUCCAGAAAAAAGCAUAUCAUUACUACACAAACAGAGCACAAAUGUGUGUUGGAUUCUUGUCGUUCCCUGGAAACAGAAGGUUUUCGCAUCACCUAUCUACCUGUUAAAAAAAAUGGGCUUAUAGAUCUGAAGGAGCUGGAGGCUGCAUUCCAGCCAGAUACAAGUUUGGUUUCUGUAAUGACUGUAAAUAAUGAAAUAGGAGUAAAGCAGCCAAUUCAUGACAUUGGUGAGAUCUGCCGUGCACAUAAGGUUUUCUUCCACACGGAUGCUGCACAAGCGAUUGGUAAAAUUCCUAUGGACGUCAACAACAUGAAAAUUGACCUAAUGAGCAUCAGUGGCCAUAAAAUUUAUGGGCCUAAAGGGGUUGGUGCUCUCUAUGUUCGCCGCCGACCACGCGUCAGGCUGGAACCCCUGCAGAGUGGGGGUGGCCAGGAGAGAGGAUUGCGGUCUGGGACUGUGCCCACACCUCUAGCAGUGGGACUGGGGGCAGCAUGUGAAGUGGCGCAGCAAGAGAUGGAGUAUGACCAUAAGCGAAUCUCCCAGCUGGCAGAACGACUGGUUACAAAAAUAAUGAGUGAAGUUCCUGAUGUGGUGAUGAAUGGAGAUCAAAAGGAUCGUUAUCCAGGAUGCAUCAAUUUAUCUUUUGCAUAUGUGGAAGGGGAGAGUCUUCUGAUGGCUCUGAAAGAUGUGGCUCUGUCUUCAGGAAGUGCUUGCACAUCAGCCUCUCUGGAGCCUUCCUAUGUUUUGCGGGCAAUCGGAACAGAUGAAGACUUGGCUCACUCAUCUAUAAGGUUUGGCAUUGGUCGUUUCACUACAGAAGAAGAAGUGGAUUAUACAGUGCAGAAAUGCAUACAGCACGUGAAGAGGCUGAGGGAAAUGAGCCCUCUCUGGGAAAUGGUGCAGGAUGGAAUUGACCUCAAAAGCAUUAAAUGGACUCAGCACUGAGAAAGCAUCGCUAUCCAUGGACUAGAUAUGGAUUAAAAUGCAUUUUUCUGUACAGUCUUAGGCAAAUUAUGCAGCGCUUCUGUUUUCUGACACUUGCAAUUUGACUGGAGAAUUACCCUUUCAGACCACAAAAUCUAAGAAGCCAAAAAUGAAACUAGUUUUUAUCAUGGAGAAAGGCAGGCUAAUCCGACACUCACUGUGUUUCUGUUGACACACAGAAAUUUAUGCUAAAACGUAAUUUAUUCAGAAAUGUGUUUUCUAAUGAGAAAAUGAAAUCAAAAUGAAAUGUUAUUCCCAGGCCACUGAAUUCUGGCAGGAGGUUGCUUCUCAAUGUAAAUCACCUCAAGUCACUAUUAUGUUUGCACCACAGACCUGCUGCCAAUUUGUUCUGUUUGAGGUGGGUGUCCUGCAACAUCAACUGCGUUUUGCCUCUCAAAUGCCUUGUACUGCAAGAAAUUCUCAGAUAGGAGAACACUUGGAUCUCUGGAGGAAAGGGAUGCCUCAGUGUGGCUAUAUGCCUUCAUAGAUAAGUUGUAUGUGCAGUUAACUUUUUUUUUUCCUGAAAUUGAGUAUUUUUGGCUCAUUUUCCUUUUUUUUGUGUGUGUGCAUCUUUUUGUGUGUGUGUGUGUGCAUUAAUCCAAAAGAUUCUUCUAUGUUCCAGAGUUUAUGAUACAAUCGUGAUGCACUUUGCUGUCCCCUCCAUUGGGUUAUUUCCAUGCAAUUGUUUCUCAGUGAGGAAAGAAAACUUGAAUGACUGGGGGAGCGGAUAGGCAGAAUAUGUCAGCUUUGGUGGCAGCACCAGUUAGGUGGGAUUACGAGUGGUAGAGGUGGUGGGGAGAGCAGACAUAGUACAAUGUAUUAAGGCAGUGUGGGGUUUGGGGUUUUUUUUCUUGUUUUGUUUUUUUUUUCUCCUCUUGUCAUGAGACUUUUGGUGUUACUUGGUUUGCCUAUGGAUCCUUGAUUUCUGUCACUGCAAGGAGUCUGCCCAGCUCAGCCUGUUUAUUUUGUCUGGAGAUAAGAACACCUGGCACUGAAAUUUUCUUUGUCUCAAGAAUGUACUGUCUGACUGGAGAUUCGCAUGGGAAUCUGUUCCCUGCACAUGCCAGGGGAAGUAUCUGUUAAAAAGGGUUUGAUGAGAUCAUUUCAUAUCAGUGUUUCUCCUUUCUUAUCUUCGGUGAUAUUUCCAGUAAGAAACCUUACCGUGUAUGGCAAAGUGCCUUUUAUUCAGUGCAUAAACAAAGAGCUCUCAAAUUAGUUGUGUUGAUUGAUGGAUGCUGUGUUAGCUGUUGAAUUUGGUAUACCCCAUAGACAAUAUGUUCACCUUCAGUUUGGGAUGGAACCUACCUCGAGGAUCAACCGUGUCGUGUAAAAGCUGAAGCUGAAUCUCACAAAGUGAAUUGUGUUACCGAAACUUGUGCAUUUUUUUUGUUACUAAAGACAGAUUUCAUUGUUUGUAAUGCAAAGCUAAUCCUUGGUUGUUCUAUUUGAAAUGACUAGCUUUAGCAGUUUUAAUAUUGUAGUGCUGCACCUUAUACUUCAUCACAAUAUUUUUUAAACUACCAUAUGCAUAAGUGCGUUUUAGCGGUGUUGUAUGUACUCUAUUUCGUCUUUGGGCCACGUAUAUUUUCUGGAUUAAGCAUGUGAUAACAUGCUUUCCUAGCAUGUUUUAGAAAUACAUGUUUAUGAAUUGUUCUUUGUGUUUUGAGAAUGAUAAAAAAUUACAGAUAAGAAUUAAACUUGGUUACUGUCA